GAGGAGGUACCGUGUAACGGAAAGUAGCCGGUUAUAGUCGAAGUUAUGUUGUUCAUAAUGGAUCUGAGUUUUUGAUUGAUCGCAGCGUUAGUAACAGUGAAAACAUUUGUGUAUGAAGCGGCUGAAACGUCUGGCUCCAAAAAUAGCCACUGAAUUGCUGCUUGCUGGUCCUCUACAAUCGAUAUUAGUGCCCAAGUAGGAAGAGGAAGGAAGGAAGGGAAAAGCAGACUGCGCACAACUGGGCCACAAAGCAGGGAAGUUCAUGGAAGCGCUGGUUUGCUAAUAUAGGGAAAAAAUCUGAAGAUUACAUAAACCAAGUAACUUUAUCCUCAGUGCAGAAACUGUUAAAUCGCUUUAUAAACUAAACAAUGUCAUAGAUCGUUUAUUAAAGUGUUAUCUCUGUUCUUGUUUUGGAAAUUGUACGAGAUAGCCCAUUUCUUUGUUUGUAACGUUACCCCGUUGCAUUAGUUAGUAAUUAGUUCGCUAUCGUUUUUUCUGCUCUGAUAUAAAAGUUAAGGCCGUGACUGUUCCGCUCUCAUGGCAACAGAUGUGACUGAGAGUGAGGGAGGGUUAAGGCAGAAUGAUGAAAGCGAUAUGACUUUGAACAAUAGCUGCCCAGAAUCAGACACACCCAGGACAUUUGAGACGUCUGAAAACAGUCCAAGAAUUAGCCCCUCAUCUUCAGUUAAAUUAGGUGAGGAAGAACUGUCUGAAGACUCGACUCCUCAGGCGACGGUUUCUGUGGAAAACGGGGAUGUUAGUGCGCAACACAAUCCAACCAAAACAGGAGACCCGCCACAGGAAACGGAGACCUCAGACAAUGGACAAAAACAAGAACAGACGGAGGUGCAAGCUUCAACUCCACUUGCCGUUGCUCAACCACAAUCUUCAUCAGUAGAUCUAAACGGAAGUCUUGAACGCCAAGAAUCAGUGGCCACUACAGAAGCGCGACUCAGAAUGGAGGGGGUGGAGCUUAAAGAGGAGUGGCAAGAUGAAGAUUUCCCAAGGCCUUUACCUGAGGAGGAGGAGGAGGAUAUUCAGCUGGAUGAAGAUCUCUUUACUGGCACAUCUGAGGAAGGAGAGCCUGUUUCUCAGCGGUAUGGAGCGAACAGUACCAAGAAGACUAAAAAGAAGCUUCUAGCACCGGACAUCAGUCUGAACCUGGACCGCAGUGAGGGCUCCAUCCUGUCUGAUGAGCUGGAGGAGAGCGGAGAGUUAGACCUGGACGACAUGGACACACCCUCAGACAACAGCAAUGAGUUUGAAUGGGAAGACGACCUGCCAAAGCCAAAGAGCACAGACCUGCUGCAGAAAGGCGUGGACUCGGUCCGUGAAUUUUCAGCGGCGGAGGAGAGAGAGGAGGGCAGACGUUGGAGAAUCUUCCGUAUCGGUGAACAGGAACACAGAGUGGACAUGAAAGCCAUUGAGCCCUACAAGAGAGUGAUCAGCCAUGGAGGUUACUAUGGCGAUGGACUGAAUGCCAUCAUUGUGUUUGCCGUUUGCUUUAUGCCUGAGAGCAAUCAACCAAACUACAGAUACAUCAUGGACAAUCUCUUCAAGUACGUGAUUGGCACCCUGGAGCUGCUGGUAGCAGAGAACUACAUGAUCGUCUAUCUGAAUGGGGCCACGUCUCGUCGAAAGAUGCCCAGUGUGGGCUGGCUCAGGAAAUGCUAUCAGCAGAUAGACCGAAGAUUAAGAAAGAAUUUGAAAUCUUUGAUAAUCGUUCACCCUUCCUGGUUUAUUCGCACUCUUCUGGCCCUAACAAAACCUUUCAUAAGCUCAAAAUUUAGCCAAAAAAUUAAGUAUGUGUUUAGCCUGGCUGAGUUGGCAGAGCUGGUUCCAAUGGAGUAUGUUUCCAUACCAGAGUGCAUAAAACAGUUUGACGAAGAAAAAAAUAGGAAAAGACGUAAAAGGAUUGACCAGGAAAUGCAUGGAAAGGUGGAAAUUGCAACUGCAGCUGUACCAGAGUGAGGAGGACCACAGAAGCAGACAGAGAGAAGACUGCUGGGACAAAAAAAAUCCUCAGUGCAUUUCUCUCUGAUAGAGAACAUGAAAUCUCACUACGUCUGAGAAGUGCCUUUCUACAAACAUUUGCCUGUUACAUUGUGAAACCUUCUUGUUUUGUUUUGAUGUUUUUGGCGGUUGUAUUAACCAAGACAUCUGAUUGAUUGCAAAUCUCAAAAUGCUCAGCUUGAAGUAUUUUUUCGUAUAAACCUUUUUAUGCAUUUACUCAAACGUAGCUCUUCCCACUGUUGCCAUAGUUACUGUCAUAUCCUGCCUGUAUGUGCAAGGCACUCCGAUUCAGAUAGUUGAUGCAUGUUCAUCGUUACAUUUAAAUAUAUAUUUAUAUCUGAAAGGUCAUAAAGGAGAGAGAUUAAUAUAUUUUUAUGGUUGUUCUGAUUGGAACUUUAUUUUUAGGUCUAUAAUAUGUGUGAUUAUUGUGUCAUAUUGCGGCAAACCUGUUAGCCUUUUAUUGCUGAAUGAUGUGUAUGGGUUGUGCAUGCUGAAGUACUGGAGUGUCAUGUCAGUGUCAAGAGAAUGAACAGAAACCAUGAAACAAACCAGUUCAACACAGACAUUUAGCUCAAGCCUGAAAAUAAUUCACAGCGCUUCAGUUGUACUGAAUUUCACAUUUGUAAAUGUUUUUGGGGGUUUUAUUUCUUGAAAGUAAAUUUACACACACACAUACAUAUAAACGAGUAUGUCUGUUUACAGCUGGAGAACAGUCGGCCACCUUGAGAGUUGUCCUUUGUCUGGUUGCCUGCAUCUUUUGUAGUUGCACAGCAACAUGAUGGUUAAGCAAUGUGGCAGUUUUUGAGCAAUUUAAGAUUAUAUCAAAUUUCCAUUAAACAAUAUGAAAAUCAUUCUGGAGCAUCAAAAUUAAAAUG